AUGGGCGUCGAAGAACUAAGCAGUCUACAAGCAUUCCGGUCUGGCGUUGCCGACAACAUGCUGGUGCUGGUGGACGCCUACGCAGACUGGUGUGGCCCCUGCAAGGCCAUUGCUCCCAAGCUGGAGCUGUUCAGCAACCAGUAUGCCAAUAUCAAAUUCUUCAAGGUCAACGUCGACAAAGUCCCCGAUGUGGCACAGGAGUUGGGAGUGUCGUCCAUGCCCAGUUUCUAUCUCUUCCGAGCGGGCGACUAUGUGGAGAAGGUGGUUGGCGCCAACCCGGGGCUGCUCGAGACCUACAUCAAGAAACAUGCAGAGAGUGUCCAGGGGUAA